AUGACACGGGUAGUAGUAACAGGAAUUGGAAUAAUAUCACCAUUAGGUGUUGGACUAAAUCAUAAUUGGAAAAGGUUAAUAGCAGGAGAAUCAGGUAUAAUAUCAUCUACAACAUUACAAAACUAUGAAAAAGAUGGUUGGGAUAAAAUUCCAUCAAAAGUUAUUGGAAAAGUACCCCAAGGUUCAAUUACAGAAGGUAAAUGGGAUCCAUUAGAACAUUUAGAUAAAUCUGAAAUUAGAAGAUUAGCUGAUUUUAGUCAAUAUGGAACUGUAUGUACUGAAGAAGCUUUAAAAGAUUCAAAACUAAAUUUAGACAAUGAAGACCCCAAAAGAAUUGGAAUUGCAAUUGGAAGUGGAAUUGGUUCAUUUCAAGAUAUUUAUAAUAAUUCAAUUGAAUUUUCCCAAAAUGGUUAUAAAAAAGUUCAACCAUUAUUUGUUCCUAAAUUUUUAAAUAAUAUGGCAGCUGGAAAUAUUUCAAUAAAAUAUGGUAUAAAAGGUCCAUUACAUUCAGUUUCAACAGCUUGUGCUACUGGAUUACAAGCAAUUGGUGAUGCUUUUAAUUUUAUAAAUUUAAAUUAUGCUGAUUUAAUGAUUUGUGGAGGAUCUGAAAGUUCAAUUCAUCCAUUAGCUUUGGCGGGUUUUGCAAGAGCAAGAUCUGUUGUAACUGAUUUUAAUGAUGAACCUACGAAAGCAAGUAGACCAUUUGAUAAAAAUAGAAAUGGAUUUGUAUUAAGUGAAGGUUGUGGUAUAAUGAUAUUAGAAAAAUUAGAUCAUGCACUAGCAAGAGGUUUAACAAAAGAAGAUAUUUAUGGUGAAAUAUUAAGUUAUGGAAUUUCUGGAGAUGCUCAUCAUAUAACUGCUCCAAGAGAAGAUGGAGAAGGUGCUUUUAAUGCAAUGAAUCAAGCAUUAAUUCGAUCAAAUUUAAAACCUGAACAAAUCGGGUAUAUAAAUGCUCAUGCAACAUCAACUAUAAUUGGAGAUAGAGCAGAAAAUAAUGCUAUAGAAAGAUUAUUUCCUUCAACUACUUUGAUAUCAUCAACAAAAUCUUCAAUUGGUCAUUUAUUAGGAGCAGCAGGAGCAGUUGAAUCAAUUUUUACAAUAAAUUCAAUAAAAACAAAAAAAUUACCACCAACUUUAAAUUUAAAUGAUAUUGGUGGUAAUGAAAAUGAUGAUAAAUCUAAAUUUAAAUUUGAUUAUAUUGCAAAUAAAUCUAGACAUAAUGUUGAAUUAAAUUAUGCAAUGAAUAAUUCUUUUGGAUUUGGUGGUGUAAAUAGUUCUUUAAUAUUUGGUAAAUAUGAAUAA